AGGUUUCUCAAGUGAUAGAAUGUACCAACAAGCAGAGCGUUAAUAGCGACCUGCAGUUCUACAGACUGCCGAAAAUCAUCAAAAAUCAAGGCGAUAAAAUAAAAAAAAACUGUCUGAAGAACGACGUAGGCUUUGGCUUGCCAACCUAAGCCAGGAUCUCACGGGGAAAAUGAGACAACGUACGGAUUUGCUCAUCACAUUUCCUAUCGGGGAAGAAAGCUGACCUGAUGGACUGUAAUGAACUUGUUUGUGCACCCACCAACAACAUGGUUCCCAAGACCAAGACAGCAGAAAAGACACAGAAAGCUGCUAAAUUGUAUGAAGGAUACCAGAGAAGAACAGUUGAGAGGACAGCAUUUUUGGAAGAAGCAUCCUCUUCUCAUGCAGAUGAAGGGUCGAAAAGUGAUGACCCCUUGUCACCUGACUUCAUACCAAGUGUUUUCAAACACACAAAAAGUCCUCGGAAAAGAAAAGCUAUAUCAGCCGUAGAAACUUUCCAGAGGAGGAAUAAUACAAAGGAGAGGCAUGCAAGGGAGAGAUCAAGGCAAGAGGCAGCUGUUUCGCUUCUAAAUCUGAAUGCCAGUGUUUCCUCCGAGAACAAUCCAUUCAAUUUUCCUGAUGACGAAGAAACGGGAACUGAGACACAGACUGAUUUAACCUCUCAUUCUAUUGAUGCAAUGAUCACAGAAUGUCAACAACUCCGAUCUGAGAACAUGAAGCUAAAAUCUGCUCAACAGAAGUAUUUAUUUGACAUUGCAUCUUUGCAAGGUAGUGAUAAAAAAGUCAAGCAAUAUACAGGAAUAGCUUCUUACACAGUCUUAAUGGAGGUAUUCCAAAUAACAGAACCUUUUUUAAAAGACAAAAGUUUAUCAAAGUCUCAACAAUUCAUGAUGACUCUAUUGAGGUUGCGAUUCAAUUUGAGCUAUGUUCUUUUGAGCUAUAUCUAUGGACCGGAUGCAUUGACUCUCUCCAUAAUUUUCCUGGAUGUAAUUAAUGUGAUGAACUGUAAGUUAGUUCCAGCACUAGUUUUCUGGCCAGACAAAGAUCAGGUUCAUCUUUCUAUGCCAAUGUGUUUUAGACUGGCCAAUUACUCAAAGUGUAUUUCAAUAAUUGAUUGGUUCGAGAUAUGCCUUGAAAGACCCAGUGACCUGAAAGCAAGAGCCCAGAGCCCCUACUCCAAUUCUAAAUCUCAUAAUACAGUGAAAUAUUUGAUAAGCAUCACCGCACAAGGGUUCAUCUCAUUUGUCAGUAAGGGCUGGGGUGGUAGAACAUCAGAUAAAUAUGUAACAGAACAAAGUGGGUUUCUUAAUUUUCUCCUCCCAGGAGAUGUUGUCCUUGCAGACAGGGGCUUUGAUAUAAAGGAUUCAUUGGCUGCCCAUGGUGCUACGCUUGAUAUUCCAGCUUUCACAAAAGGCAAAACCCAGCUUGACCCCUCAGAACUAGGAAAAAAUAGGGAAAUUGACAAUGUGCGAAUACACGUCGAGCGUGUCAUUGGGAUGCUGAAACAGAAAUAUUCCAUUUUGGAAUCUACCAUACCCAUAGAAUAUAUGAAAAAAUUUGGAUGUCACACAACACUGGAUAGGAUAGUUAGAGUAGCGAGUGCUCUUUGUAAUGUUUCGACACCCAUUGUACCAUCAGACUGAGAUUUUGCUGUAAGCAGGAGUCAAUAAAGUGCUAUGAACGUAAUUACCAGCAACAUUUUCUCACUGAUCUGACUGCUUUCUUUGAAUAAGUAUGAAUCAUGAUGAUAUAAUAUAUAAGUUAUGGCAUUUGGGGUGAGGAAUACCUGCAGUAUGAAAAUCUAUUUUUCCACACAAUCACAGUAAGGUGAACGAAUACAAAACAGAAAAGAACUCAAUCUUAGUUAUACAGCACUAACUGAUAUAUUGGCAAAUAUUUACAUCAUUUAGAAUGAUUUAGAUACUAAAAAAUUUAAAAUCACUUACAAAAACAUUUUCUCUCUUUGUGUCAUUGUUGUUCUGUUGGGAUAACCUCUCAUAGAAAGAUUCACCACUGUUCCAUGUUUUCUCCAUGUGAGGAUAAUGGCGCUCCCAAUGGUUUGCUGGAAUGUUAACUUUUAGAAAUGGCCUUUGUAACUCUUUCAAGACUCAUGUCAAUUAUUUCUCAACUGUACGGGAACUUUUUUGGUAUAGUGUCAUUUUGUUGUAGUUGAUUUAGCUCUUCUGUCUGACAUGUCUUUGUCGGAACAAAUCACAUUUAAGUGAUUUGUAGAUUGAAUUAAUUAAUUAAUGAUUUAACCAGGGAGGUAGUUACUUUUCACUCACAGGGCCACAACCUUAUUUCCCUUAAUGAAUUAAAUCAUAUAAAAGCAGAAUUUAACUUAAUUUCGGUUACAUUUAUCUAUUUAUGUACAUUUGUUUGAUAAUCUUAAAAGUGGAGUCAUGCAAAAAUAUAAUU